AUGGCAGCCACGACCACUCCCAAAAAGCGCAUCGACCUCCUCAAAGGCUCUCCCAGCCCCUCCCUCCUUCCCGUCGCCUUGCUUAAAUCCGCCGCCGCACACACAUUAUCCGACCCCUCCAUCUUCGUUCCCGGCCUAGCCUAUGGGCCCGAUGCAGGCUACGCGCCUCUCCGUGAGAGCAUCGCCAAUUGGCUCACCUCCUUCUACCGCUCCUCCUCCUCCUCCAAUCCUGUGACAUCCGACCGCGUCUGCAUCACCGGCGGCGCCAGCCAGAACAUGGGCUGUCUCCUCUCCGUCUACACCGACCCCCACUACACCCGCAACAUCUGGAUUAUUGCCCCCGCCUACUUCCUCGCCUUCCGCAUCUUCGAAGAUGCAGGUUUUGGCGUCGAUGGUAAAAUGCGCGCCGUGCCUGAGGAUGAACAUGGACUGGAUAUUCAAUUCCUUCGCGCGGAGAUGGAAAAGAGUGAAGGGAGCGCCAAGAAGAAGGGAUGGGAGCAUCCAAAGUACAAGCCUGAUAGACCAAGGGCAAAGGUCUAUAAGCACGUCAUCUACUGUGUGCCCACCUUCGCCAAUCCAUCUAGUCGCACAAUGAGUCUGGAUCGCAGGAAGGCAUUGGUGAGGUUGGCAAGGGAAUUCGAUGCCUUGAUUCUCGCCGACGAUGUCUAUGACUUCUUGCAAUGGGAAGCCGAGCCUGGUGGGGAGGCCAACACAAAAGUACAGGAAAGAUCAGACCGCAAGACAACCGCGCACCUCCCACGAAUCGUAGACAUCGAUCACGACCUCGACGGCGGAGCAGAAAGGCAAGGCGCAGACGGCUUCGGCAACGCCUGCUCCAACGGCUCCUUCUCCAAAAUCGCCGCCCCGGGCCUCCGAGUAGGAUGGUGCGAAGGCACGCCCAAAUUCGCCUACGGCAUAAGUCAAAGCGGCACCACCACCUCCGGCGGAGCCCCCAGCCAACUAACCUCCACGUACUUCCACACCCUCCUCACCAACCCAGCCGCGCAGCAAACCCUGCAAACCCACAUCCACACCACCCUCCAACCCGCCUACGCCCGCCGCUCCACCCUUCUCCUCUCCGCCAUAACCUCCCACCUCGUGCCCCUAGGCUUCGCCCUCCCGCAGCCCAACCGCGAUAUCAUAGGCGGCUACUUCGCCUGGCUUGCACUCCCCUCUUCUCUGCACUGCGACGCGAAGACGCUGGCGCGGAGGUGCGCGGAGGAGGAGAAUGUCGUUAUUGCGGGCGGGAAUUUGUUUGAAGUCCCUGGCGAUGCGGACGCGGAGAGGGGCACGUCAUUCGAAAGGAAUGUGCGCUUUUGCUGGGCGUAUGAGGAGGAGGGGUUGCUUGAGGAGGGAGUUGAGAGGGUGGGAAGGGUGGUGAGGAGGAUGCUGGAGGAGCAGCAGCAAGGGAGGGUGGAGGAGGCGGGGUUUGUGGUUGUUGAGAAGGAUGGGACGGCAUGA